AAAACUAUCAGAUGACUCUUUUUGAGAUCCCAUCCAUCGCCCCCUCUGCCAUGAGGAGGUGCCAGAUAGCUUCCAAUAAGUUAGGAUGCUAAUUUGGAUUCUUCGUUACACACUGUAACUUGUUACUGUACAAUCACAUUCAAGAAAUCUGAAAGAUACGAGGAAAGAAAUUUCUGUUGAUACUCACCAGUGAACUCUGAAAAAGUUACCCACAAUCCAUAGUGAAGAGACACAAUGUGACGUCACAUGAUUGUCAAGAUGGCGUCCUUGCUGAGAAACGGAAUACUAAGGACAGCGGGAAUCGCUUUCGUACGGCCGCACAGAGCUGCUGCCUGUGUAAGGAAUUUAUCCCAAGAGACCAGUCCAUCAGCAACUACCAAUGAAGAAACUCAGAUCACCCCCUUUGAGGAAAAAGUGGAACUGUCUCCUUUAUCUGGUGUUCCUGAGGAGCAGCUGUCCACCCGUAAGGCCAGGAUCUUUGUCCCAGCCCGUAAUGCCAUGCAGUCUGGCUCAGCGGGCACGCGACAGUGGAAGAUAGAGUUCGACACAAGGGAGAGAUGGGAGAACCCACUGAUGGGAUGGGGGUCCUCGGCUGACCCCCUCUCCAACUUGGCUGUCACGCUGUCUUUUGACUCAAAGGAGGAUGCUAUGGCGUACUGUGACAGAAAUGGUUGGGCUUGGGAAGUGGAAGAAAAGCGUGAACCAAGAAUGCGGGCCAAGUCCUACGGCGCUAACUUCUCCUGGGACAAGAAAACGCGAGUGUCAACCAAGUAGUAUAGAGUCUGUAUUAAGGUUUUCAUGUGUAAGCAAAAAAUGUGUUGAGCAGAAUUUAUGUCUUGUUAUUUCAUUUACACUAUAGAAUGAUGCAUGUAUCUGACCAAGACUGCUAUUGGUGGUGUGGACUUUGGUCAUAGUUUAGGUGUCUGUAUCUGAAUUAAAAAGUGAACAUA